ACCUGUUACUGGUAAUUCUCACAUGCACAUUAUACCAUCUCUUGACUGGUACAUCUAGUCUUAUUAGGAGGUGACAUUCACCCCAGUGUGGAGGCCCAACAUAGAGCCUGGUACAUGCCCUCUCCACUAGGGUGAAUUUCACCCAUAGAUCCUUGUAGGGGGAUGGGCCCUCUUCUGCUCCUUUGGAAGGCUGUGGCAACUGCUCAUUGAUAGUUGUGGGAAGACUCAUUGUGCCCAAAGCUGCAGUUCUUCUGCAUGGAAAUUUCUGCUUAAACUCGAUGCAGGUUUUCUACAUGGUAUCAGGAUCGGGCCCAUGAGUUUGACAGUCUUCUGGCCCUGCGCUGGGUAGCUGUUUAGUAAAGUCUAAGCUGAGUGGUGCAGGAUUGGGCUCUCUGGAUAUCCCACUGUGCUAUUGUUUCUUUGUAUACUGCGUGCAGUUCAAUGAACACAUUGAAAAAGGUAACUGUGGGAUACUGUUUGUUCUGCUUGUGAAGGCCUGUUUCGUGUGAAAAUGAGUCGGUUAUACGAUACCAUAGAGCCAAAUGUGAUUGAUGAAAAGAUGCUUCAAAAAGCUGUGGAAGAGCAAGGGCCCCAAGAGGAAUUAGGACAGCUUGCCAAAAGGGAAGGCAUUGAUUACAAAGAUGUCAUAGAGCUACAGCUUGAUUUUAGAAAUAUCCUGAAGAUUGAUAACCUAUGGCAGUUUGUGAAUCUGACUAAACUGCAGCUAGACAACAACAUCAUUGAGAAGAUAGAGGCAUUGGAUAGUCUGGUCCACCUAAUCUGGCUUGAUUUGUCCUUCAACAAUAUUGAAGUCAUUGAAGGUUUGGAAGCUCUGGUUAAACUGCAGGACUUGAGCCUCUACAAUAAUAGAAUAUCUAAGAUUGAGAAUCUGGACACGCUACAAGAACUACAGGUCUUCUCUAUAGGAAACAAUAAUCUAACUGCUUUGGAAAAUGUGGUCUACCUCAGGAAGUUUAAAAACCUACGCACAUUGAAUCUCACUGGGAACCCUGUCUGCGAAAAUGAACAAUAUUCAAUGUUCAUUGCCGCUCACCUUCCAGAUCUGGUGUACUUGGACUUCAGGCUUGUGGAUGAGAAUACACGAGAACUUGCAGACAUAAAAUAUCAGUAUGUCAUUGAUGAGCUAAAGCAAGGUGAAGCACAGGCCCUGGCCAAGCUGGUGGAAGAGCAGGCUAAGCAGAAAGAAUUGGAGCACCACAAGGCUGCUUACGUCGAGUACCUGAAUGGACCCUUCUUAUUUGAGAGUAUGUACGCAGAAGAUACAGAAGCUGCCAGGCUGGCUUACCUCCCUGGAAUGGCUGACCUGCUGGAGGCAUACAAGAGUAAAUUUGUAUUAAUCUGUGAGAACCUCUUUGCCUAUGGUCUGAAAGAGCAUGAAAAGCGACAAGCUGAAGUCUCAACCUUCUACGAGUGCCUUCAAGAAGCGAUACAGGACAGUCAAAAGCAGGGCACAAAAAUAAUCCUAGAUUUUGAAAAUGACAACCAGGGGCUGUUGGACAUGAUCCAAAACAUGAGUAGUUUUGAGAUUGCGGAGUCUAAACUCGUAAAGUACAAUGAGGACAUCAGUCAGCUGUCAGACACACUUAUGACCCUGGAAAUGCAGACGGUUGACCAGCUAGAGGAAAUAAUAAAGGAUUUUGAAAGAAACAUUGCCGACCAGGUGUCAACAUUUAUUGAGAACGUCCAAGGGAUGAUGGCUCAAUGCCGAGAUCUAGAAAAUCAUCACCACGAGAAACUGCUGGAGAUCGCAAUCAACACUCUGGAGAAGAUAGUCAAGAGCGAGUUUGAUGAGGAGAUGCCAGAUGAUGUUCGAUUGCUUUUUGUGGACAAAGACACCAUCGUCAACGCAGUGAAUGCCUCCCACGAUAUCCACCUGCUGAAGAUCGAUAACAGAGAGGAUGACAUCGUCACCAAAGCCAAUAGCUGGUCAUCUUCGGUGAUCGAGGAGGUUCACAAGAAUGAGCUCCACAGAAACCGCAACCGUGUGAGAGAGAUUAAUCAAUACAUCGACCAUCUGCAGGAGGAGGUGGACAACAUGGAAAGCCUGGAGCAGAUGGAGUAGGCCAACAGUGGCUCCCCUGUUAGGACACAGGCCUUGGUGAUCUAACAGGUGCGCCUCGCCCUUUCUGACAGCCCCCUUGUAAAUACUCACUGGUGGGGAUGUUUCAUCCUGGGGUGUCACCCCCCUCCCCCACAAAAAAAAAAUCAUACGGAAAUAAAAAUACCAUUUGAGUUUGGAAAAGCUCUUAAAGAGGAGCUGAGGAGUUCACUUUGAAGCCCUGAGACUUACGGU